CCGUGACUCAGCCCCGGACAAACGGACCGGACUGUGCAACUUUUACCGCAGAGACGAGACCGGAGCGACCAGGGAAACAGACCUCAGACCUGGAGCUCUGAUUGGCUGAUAACCCUUGUCCCUGCCGUCUGAUUGGUCCAUGCUUCUGUUCACCUCCUCUUUGUCAUUCACCUCCUCUGUGUGAGGAACAGGAGGAGAUGAGGGAGAUGGGAGGUUCCAGCACCUGAAACCUGAGCUGAAAUGAAGUCAACUUUAUGCAAAUGAGGAGUGAUGCGACAGCCAACCACCUUUGGACAGCCAUUCAUUGAACUCGCUCUCAAUGACCCUGCCCACCCGCGGGUAACUCCUUGUAGAGGGCGCCAACACGAGAGCGAACUGGGCUUAGCAGCUUGUCUCUGCCCUGCGCUCUGUUUGGCUCAUGCCCCACCUCCCCACAAUCUGAUUGGCUGGGCAGAUGGAGGAGGAGCAUAUAGCUCGUCUGAAGGCGGAGUUUGAUGUCUGCGACUCUCGGGGCUGUGGGCUUUUGGACCGAAACGACCUGACGACCCUUUGCCAGCGCCUGCACCUGCCCCUGUCGCAUCUGUCAUUGCUGCAAGAUAGGCUCCUGGGCCCCCCGUCUCCCCUUCACACUGAGGGACCCCCACCUCACAGGGAGGGGCCAAGCAGGGAGGGACAGGUGAACUUUGAGGAGUUUAAGCAAGGCUUUGUGGAGAUUCUAGCCAAGUCUGUGGACCUCAGCAUCUCAGAGGAUGACAGCAGCUACUUACAGCCAGUGGUCCCGGAAGUGAGCCCAAAGUUCAUUAAAGGUUUGAAGCGUUAUGGACGCCGCUCUCGACCCGAGAGACCAGACUCAGAACCGGACUCGGACCAGAAUCCAGACCACGACCAGGAUCAAGAUCACAACCGGUCUACAGAGGGAUUCCGUGGGGCCAAGCUGCGAAAGGCCACGUCUCUAGAGAGCAUCGAGAGCCUGAAGUCUGACGAGGAGCCUCCCACGCAGGAACCCCCCCAAGAGGAGCAGCAGGGGGCACUCUACACAGGAGGAGUCAUACAGGUACAUGAAGGAGACACUCAGGAUGUCCUCUGGAGGCUGCAGGACCAGGACCUUCAGGGCAGAGUCCUCUGCUCCACCCCACUACGCCCAGCCCUGGUACCUUCAGAGGAGCACUCGUUUCACCUCACCUCCUGCUCCUUGAUCUCAGAGGGGCGGAGACUCCUCAGUGUCCUCGACAAUGGGAAUGGGACCACGAGUCCAGACCGGAUUUUGUCCUUGUGGAGAGAUGAGGGACUACAGGACUGUCAACAUGUCCUCCAAGUGUUGGACUUCUGUCUGGAUGACCCUGUGUCCCUCUCUGACCUCACUGUGGCUCUGGACAAUGAGCUCAUGGUCAGUUCUAACAGUGUCCACCAGGCGGCGCUCAUCAGCUACAGGACGGAGCUGCAGACCCUCACGACGCUGUUGGACGAGUCAUGCAGACAGAGGGACAAAGCCAAGUUUGAUCUGGACCAGGCGGAGUUGAGAAACCUCCAACUCCUGCGAGAAGAAGAAGAACGUCAGAAUCUCACAGAGACUAGCGCCCAGAAUCGCAUCAGACAGGUGGAGCUGGCCUGUAAGGGGCGUGUCUCUGGUCUUCGCGCUCAGAUGGAGCAGGAAGCAGAGUCUGCAGAGCGUGAGAAGAUCGCCCUCCAGAGGACGCUGGCAGAGCUGACAGCGCGAGAGAGUGUCCUGCAGGGGGAGCUGUGCACCCUCCGACAGGAGAAUGUGUCUCUGGAGCAGGACCUGAGCGCUCUGAGGCUCACACUGAACGACUCUCAAACCUAUGUCCACAAACUGCACCAAGACCUGCACCGCCUCCUACAGGACAAGUUCAGCCUUGACCCGAGUGGUGGCGCUGUCAGCCCCGAGGAGCACUUCUCUGAGAUCAUCAAAGAAUACGAGCUUCAGUGCCGGGAAUUGAGGGAUCGCUGUGACGAGCUGAGUUCUGAGUUGGAGCUGGUGAAGAUCAAAAAACCAGAGAGAAGAUCCAAACCAGACCAGGACCAGAACUUGAGCUGGAGACCCCAGGACCAGGGACUGAACCGGGACCAAGGGUUAAACCAGGAGCAGACUUCAGGCUAUGACAUCAGUGAAGUGAGCAGCUCUCCUCGAGUCCGGAGGAAACUCACACCUCUCGACAAAACAGCCCUGUGCACCUUGGACCCUGGUCUAGACCCUGGUCUGAACUCUGGACCAAACUCUGGACCCUCGGUCUCCAUCCAGACUGAACUGGCUCUGGAGCAGCUCCAAGAGAAGCACCAAGAGGAGGUCCACCAACUCACGGCCAAAAUGGAGACGCAGGUGAAUUUUUACGAGCGCAGUCUGGAGCAGAUGAGACAAAACAUGGAGCUGGAGCGAAAGGACAUCGCGCAGGCCUAUAAGAUGGAGAUCUGUGAGCUCGAGGAUCAGAAGUCGUCUCUGGAAAUUCAACUGAAACAAAUGAAAGAAAAUCUGGAGAAAAGCCAACAGAGACAAGACCAACAGAGAGGACACGACAAAAGGCUGCAGAGGGAGAGGGCUGAGAUGGAGCAGAACUUUGCCAGAGAAAUCUCAAACCUGGUUCAGAAACUGAGUGCAGAGAAAGAGCAAGUGGAAGCAGAGCUCCGACUGAAGAUGGACCAAGAGCUACUACUGCUGAGGUCCCAGACAGAGCAGCAGCUGAGCCAAUCACAGCGCAGGGAGACGGAGCAGAGCGCAUCAUGGGAAAACCAGCUCAUAAAUCGGGAAGAGGAACUGCAACACCUGCGGAAAGCUCUCCUCCAAUCAGAGAGCAGCAUUCGACAACUGACUGUGCAGCUCAGUCACUCAGAGAAAAGUCUACAGAAAGUGACUGAGCAGCACCACCAAUCACAGCAGGAGGUGGAGGCGGGGCAACAGUAUAUCAGCCAAUUAGAGCAGAGCUUAGAGGAGGCGUGUCAGCGAGGAGUGAGUUUGGCGGAGCAGGUUCAAAAUCUGCAGGAAAUUCAAACAAAAUUUCAAACGGCCAUCAACCAAUCAGAAGCAAGCUUACAAGAAGUGAGCAGACAAUUAAGCCAAUCACAAAAGGAGAUAUCGAGGCUGCAGUCACUCAGCAAAUCAGAACAAAGCUUGAAGCAGGCUAAUAACUAUUGUAGCCAAUUGGAGGAGGAGGUUAAACGGCUCCAACAAGUCAUUAACCAAUCACAACUGAGUCUAGAAAAGUGCAACAAACAAUUCAGCCAAUCGGAGGAGGAGGUGAGGAGGCUGCAGCAGCUUCUCAACCAAUCAAAACAAAGCUUGAAUUGGGCUAAAAACUACUGCAGCCAAUUGGAAGAAGAGAUGAAACAGCUCCAACAUGUCAAUAACCAAUCACAGCAACAUUUCAACCAAUCAGAGGAGGAGGUGGGGAGGCUGCAGCAGCUCCUUGGCCAAUCAGAGCUAAGUUUGGAGCGAGCAGAGGAGUACAGCGUGCAACUGGAAGAGGAGGAGAGGGCAUGGCGUGUGCGCUGUUCCGAACUGGAGAUGCGACUGGAGGAAGCGUGCGCUCAACUUAAAGAAAGCAUCACGUUUUUGGAAUCGCACGAAAUCCUGAACACGAGACUGACACAGGAGAAGGCAGAGCUGGAGGCGGAGUUACAGAAGAUCAAAGGGCAAUGGAAGAGGAACGCUGAGGAGGAGGUGGAGAUGCUAAGGACGGAUCGGGACAAACUUAUCCAAGAUCUGAAGGAACAGGCCAUGAGGGUAGACAAACUACAGGAAGAAUUGGAGGAGGAGAGGAGGGAGAGGGAGGAGGAGAGGAGGGAGAGGGGGGAGGAGGAGAGGAGGGAGAGUGGGGAGGAGGAGAGUGAGAGGGAGGAGGAGAGGGGGGAGGAGAAGACUGAGAGGAGGGAGAAAGAGAGGCUAGAAUCAGAGAUGAUUAAGGACAGGAAACCGAGAAGGGGGAGAGAGGAGGAGCAUAAGUGGAGAGUGAGAAAGGAGGAAGAAGUAGGAGAGAUGAAAACCAUCCUAGAGCGACACAAAAUGGAGGAAAACAAACUUCAACAAGCUCUCCUCCAAUCACAGAGCAGCUUACUCGAAGUCAGACAGCAGUUUAACCAGUCAAAGAGGAUCUUACAGGAAGUUCAGCAGCACAAAGUGAAACUGGAGCACGAGAUUAAAGAUCUAAAAAUUCUCAAGGACCAAUCAGAGACGCGCUUACAGGACAUAACCACUCAGCUCAGCCAAUCAGAGGAGCAGAUUCAAAGGCUGCAGCUGCUCAUUGGCCAAUCAGAAUCAUACGUAGAUCAAAACAAGGGUUCCUGCAGCCAAUCAGAGCAAACCGAGAACAACAGCAGCCAAUCAGAGACCAGCGUACAGGAGAUCACAGAGCAGAGGAGCCAGCCAGAACAUGAGGAGACAGAUUGGUGUGGGGAGGGGCGGCUAAGUGAGGAAGUGCUAGGUGAGGAGGAGGAGGGGCUUCGUGAAGAGUUUUUCCGUGUGUCCGAGGAAAGGGACCGGUACAUGCGUGUGUGCGAUCAGCUGUCCUCACAGGUGGUGGAGAUGGAGGAGGAGGGCGGGGCUUUGCGGGCGCUCCUUGGGGAAGUGAGUGCCCGCUUAAACCACACCGCCGACCUAGUCCUGGAUCUGCGACGUGAGAGGAACCUCCAGAACGUGGAACUGCAGAGGCUGAGGGACGAGAACCACGAGAACCUCCAAAACACAGAGCUAAAAGGGCUGAGAGAUGAGAGAAACUUCCAGAACACGGAACUGUGGAAGCUGAGACAUGAAAACGCAGAGCUGCAGAGGCUGAGACGUGAGAACAAAGAGAAUGCAGAGCUAAAGAGGCUGAGAGAAGACUCUGAGCUCAAACUCAGCCACAUGGAGGCGCUAGUGAGGCGUCUGGAGCAGGAGGACGACACCACCUUCAGGACUCAGUUGGAGGAGGUGAGGUCUGAAAAUAGUGCUCUUGAGGAACGGGUCUCCCUGCUCCAACAGGAAGUGGCUGUACUUGAAGAGGAAGUCGACAGGAAACGGAGGAAAAUGGAGGAAAUCGAGCGAGACCAAGAACGAAUGAGAGAAGAACAGGAGAAGCUGCACAAAGAGAAUUCUGGACUUCGGGAGCAGAUGUUGGAGCUGAGCACUAGAAACCUGGAGCUGAGUUCUUCAAAUGCAGAUCUGAGCUGUAAAACCCGAGGAGACAAGGAGGCUUUGGUCCAAGUGCAAGAGCGACUGAGGAGCCUGGGGCGGGAGCAGGAGGAGCACAGUGCCACCGUGCAACGUCUGAAGGAGGAGCUUGUCCAAUCAGAGAGAGACAAACAGCAGAGACUCAACUCCUGGACACAAGAGAAGCACCUAUUGCAAACGGAGCUCAGCGCAGCCAAGAGCAAGGUUGGUCUGGUCUCUGAGUUGGAGGCCAAGCUGCAGAGUUUGGGACUGAAGCUGAAAUGGAGCGAAGACGACAAUGGCCGACUGAGACGAGAUGCAGAGAAGAGACAGCAACAGGUGGAGCAGUUGAGUGCAUCUCUGAGCUCUCUGGAGAUUGAGGCAGAGUCUCUUCGGGCUCAGAUACAGUCGACCAACCAGGAGGCUCUGAGCCACAAACAAGAAGUGACGCAAGCACAAAGGCGCCUGCAGGAAGCACAUAACAAGGUGGAGGAGCUGGAGUCCAGUCUCAGGAAGUUCAUCGCGGAGAAGGAGGACGUGACAUCAUCAUUUGAGGCGGAGCUAAAGCAACUGCGUGUCGCCAACCAGGAACUAGAGUCCAAGGUUCAGGAGGUCCAGGUAGAGAACCAACAGAUCCACAAACUGCACCAACAAGAGAUGGAGCUCAGGACCCAACUGGGCCAGUUAGAGACCGCCAAGACUCAGGCCCAGGACCAGGCCCUCAGAGCAGACACGGCCUUGAGUCUGGUCCAGGCUCAGCACCUUCGUCAGAUCCAUCAGAUCCAGACGGAGUCCAAGUCUGAGUCCAGAACCAAAGAAGAACUGGACUCAGCUCUGGAUCAACUCCGGGACGAACGACUGCGUCGAGAGAGAGCGGAGCAAGAGCUGAGGGAGAGAGAGAGGGGCGAUCAACAGGGGGAGUACGAGAGGACAGUGUCUCUGCUGCAGGAGAGAACUCAGGACCUGGAGAUUCAACUAAAGGCCACACGCAGCCUCCUCCAGGAGAAAGUCCAACAGCUACAGGACCAGGUGACCCGGGCAGCCCGCAGUGGUUCUCUAGUGCAGCAGUUGUACUUGGAGAACUCUGAGCUGCAGGGGGCGCUACAGGCCACGGAGCAGCGCCACAGACAGGCCCAGAAAAAGAGCCAGGCCCUGGAGUCCAAAGUCCAGGCCCUGAACCGGGUCCUGCGCCAACUGGUACCACACGCCCUCUCCUAGACUGGGACUGAACCGGGACUAUAGUAUUGAAGCUGUUGUAAAUGAAGUACAUGUAAAAUAAAGUUAAUACAUGAUGUUUUUAUCCACCUGUUUGCCCAAACCUUUCAUGUUUUUGUUCAUGAAAUAUGGAAUUAUGUAAUAAAGAAAAAAGUUAAACUC